GCAGUUUGACAACAUAGACACUAUGGCAACAUCAGAUGGGUUUCCAGCCAGUUUCUAUGGUGAACCAGGAGUGUUGGGCAUGUUAUCCAAUGGGAUCAGUGCAUUCCUCGUACUUCUACAGAACUUCAGUACGGCACACACUGGCAGUGAACCAGUAGGAGUGGAGAACAUACUUGCAGGUGUUCAUCUCAUCUUGAUUGGUGGUAUUUGCCAACUGGUGGCCGGACUGCUUUCCUUUAGAAAAUACGAUCAUCUGAGUGGCACUGCUUUCAUUGCCUAUGCUGCUCUGUGGGGCAGUUACGGUGCCACCCGAAUCUACUUUGGUGCCUUUGCUGAAACUCCUACAACAGCAUCUUUGCCAGAUUUGAUGAUGACCAAUUUGUCCCUGUCCACUGACGUGACAAGCAACAUAUCCUCAAAUUCCACCACAGAGACCCUGUCCAUAAAAGAGUCAGCGAUCGCUGGUCUGGUCCCCUAUAUCCUCUUGUCCUUUCUCCUAGCCUUCUGCUCUGCCACAGUCAACUACAUCAUGCCUUUUGUCUUUGGUGCCAUCACAGCAACCUUAAUUUUUGAAGCAGUGGGUCUGGUAGCAAGCUCUUGGGCUCUUGUGGUCGCUGGAGUUCUGGAGUUGCUCAUUCUGAUUUUUGCCAUCUACGGUUCAGCUGCAUUGCUCCUCAAAGGUCUGACACAACGUCUAGUCCUCAAAGGCUUUGGCACCCCUCUCUUUAAUGUUCUUUUGCUGGGGACCACCAACUCAGCAAGUGCCCAGAGCAUUGGCCAAGAGAAGAAGAAAAACACAAAAUACGCAGAGCCCAUGGCCUUGGGUUUCUUCUGUGACACUGUUGCUCCCUUCAUCUUUGCUUUCUACAGCUUUGGGUACAUGAAUUCCUUUGUUGUAGGAGCUGCAUGGGUCUCAAUCAUCACAGUUGCCCAGCUGUUCUCCAGCUACUACGCCCAUCUGCGCCAGGAUUGCUACCACACCACUAAGUUUGGUCUUCAUGCCACAUAUUGGUUGAUCAAGGCUUGGGAUGAGUUUGUGGUAUCUGCUCUGGUUGUGGAGGACAUUAAAGUAUUCUCAGCGAGGGAAACAAUGGUGGGAGAUUGGUUCUUUGUGAUAGCAGGCUUUGUGCUCUGUGUGGGAAGCCUGAACACAGAUGUCCUGGAACUGGUCCACAACAUGCUGUUUGUCCUGCUCACAGUCUCAACAAUCCCGCAGAUCCCUCUCCAAGGAUACUACAUCUUCUUUGGUGUAGCUUGCUCCCUGUUCACCGCAGCCUCCCUGUAUGGAACCUUCUCACGUCUUAUCAACACCAUAGCAGAGAAGUCUCUAAUCCCUGUAGGACCUCAGCCCAUCUCCACUGACCAGUUGAAGAAGGGUUUGAGAUGCUGCAGGGCUAAGGAGGGAGACGAGGAGGCACUGCCUCAGACUGACCAGGCCUCAGAUGCUCUGUUCUACCUUUCAAAUGGGGUUGCAGCUCUCUCAGCUCUUCAUGCAAGGGUAUCCAGUACAAAUCUUGCGUUCCUUCAUCUGACUGUCCCUUGGGUCCUCAUCUCUGGGGCCAUCAUCCAGGCCUAUGUCAGCCGGCUACAAGUCACAGGAGGUGGUCGUUUCGGCUCAGUCAUCUCAUCCAUAUAUGUAGCAGUAUGGGCAACGUGGACCUGGUUUAGGUUUGCAGGUAACCUGCUCCAGUUUUCCACAGAGGCAGCCUAUGGUUUUACAGCAGGAGCCAUUGCUCUCCUGGUUAUAAAUGCUUUCCUUAUGCUGAUUGCUGCCUAUAGGAACCUGGUUUUGCUGUUUCUAACAGCAGUCAUGGAGGUUGUUCUGGUCUGUCUCCUGCUUUCCACUCUACAGCGACUUCCAUAUGAACUAGAAAUGGCCAUGCUUGCAGUCUUUUCAGCAAUUUGCAUAUAUGGAGCUCUGGCAUCACUGGUGAACUGCAUCUUCUCACAGAGAGUGCUGCCUAUGGGCCCUCCAUUGAUAAAGGAAGCAGCAGAGCGGGAGUCUGCUCCAGAUCUUCCCUGUCCUGUGGCUAAUUCACGACUCACCAGUAGUCUCCUAAAGAUUGCUGGACUUCUGGAGGAAGGAGGAGUAUGUGGUAUUCCUACAGACACUGUGUAUGCCCUGGCUGCAUCCUGCAAGAAUCCUCAAGCUAUAGAGAAAAUCUACAAUAUCAAAGACAGACCAGCAGAGAAACCCAUCUGUAUUUGCAUCUCUAAUGUGGAGCAGCUGGUGGCAACCAAGCCUCCCUUCAGUCCUCUACUCUGGGAGUUUAUGAGGAAUGUGUAUCCAGGAGGUAUCAGCUGCAUCGUCAGCAAAGGAGACUGGCUGUUCAAACUAGGAGUAGGACCAGCUUAUGACCGUGUUGGUACCAAGGACAGCAUCAUGAUUCGUGUGCCUGACCACACAGUUACAGGCCACCUUUGUAACAUCACUGGACCCCUUGCUAUCACCUCAGCCAAUCCCAGUGGAGAGCCAGACAGCACCCACCACAGCAUGGUCAUCAAUCGACUGGGACACAAGAUCCAAGGGGUUCUGUGUGAUGGGGACUCAAAUGAAGUUGUUGCUUCCACCGUGGUCAACUGCCUGAAGAUUGAUGAAGGGACCAUCACCAUUGUGAGGGAAGGCUGUGUUCCUGCAGUGAAAGUCCAACAGAUCUUUGAUAGAGUGAAAAGCACUAUGGUGUGAUUCUCUCAUACCUAAUCUCUCACCUUCAGAGAGCCUCUUCAUGCCUUGUUCGCUACAAGAUCGGCUUCUCCAGGUCCCCCAUUUCCUAUCACCAAUGCAGGGACACUUUAUGAAAAAUUUGUGGAAGAGUGAAUGAAAGUAUUCUUGGCUGUAUAUUAUGUUUUUGGCAAAUGUUACAAUGUUACAAUAAAGCGACCAUUUUUCUCAGUUUUUCAUGUGUAUGACCCUGGCUUACUUAAAAUAAUGAUUAUGAAAUGACUGUUUUGAAUUUUUUAUAUUUCUAUGAAUAUGUAUUUAUACAUUUAAUAUAUAUACUGUACGUUGACAUGAAUGUCACACUUAUAAUAUAAUUAAAUUUUAAUGGUGGAGCAAAAAACUUUUCGCCUGUUACUGUAUGUAUUAAUGCUCACUGUUCUUGUGCUGAAUAAAUCUUUGAA